CAUAAAAAACGUCCCGGAGAAGAAGAACAUAAAAAUCGCGUUUCUGCACUUUCCGUUCGUUCCUUGCAUUUUUCGCCAAAAGCACGCGCACACACGUACACGAUCGAACUAGCGGAUUUUGGCGUAUCCAUUUGGUGUGUUCCGGGUGAUUGUUCCGUGCAUUUUGUCACUGUUUCACAGCGGCCGUGAUUCACGAAUUUGCUGUGCUGUGCCGUGGUGGGUGAUUGUUUACGUCGGCGGCAGUCGUGUUUGCCUUUGUUUUUUCGCCGCAUUCGAUUGCCUCUGGUGACAGAACAGAAGCGUAUUUUUCCAUCAAUCGUCACUCGGCGUGGGGGACAUUUUAUUCGUAGUGUGUGAGAUCGCGUCGUCGGCUUGCAAUCGAUUGUGUGUUGUAUCGCUUUUGUUCGAGUUAAAGUGUGUGCGUGCUGAAUCCCCGUUUGGUGCUUUUCCUUUCGUGAAAGGAAAGAAGUGAUUGUUUUCCGUUGAAAAAAAAGUGCCUGCUGCGAUUGUUUCUUGCGGUGCCGACUUGGUGGCUCUGUGUUGGUGUGUGUGUGCGUGCAGUCUGAAAAUUCCUAUUCUUCAUUAUUCCGGUGUUAUCGCCGUGUGGUGCGGACGGAACAACACCAGCAGUAGCAGCAACCGUAGUGGUGUGGUGUAGUGUGACAGCCGACACAAAGUUUGAGAUAGAAACCCACACACACAAAAGCUUUCCCGCAAAAUGUCGACGGAAAAGGAAGUGAAUCCGGCCGAGGUGGAGCAGGAGGAGCACGACACCAACUAUCAACCACCGCCGCAGAAAACGAUCGAAGAAAUUAUGGCCGCCGACGCGGAGGACGAAAGCUUGCGGAAGUACAAGGAAGCGUUGCUCGGCGAGGCACAGGCCGAAAAGAUUGUCUUCGAUGACUCUGAUCCGCGAAAGGUGAUCGUGAAAAAGCUUGCCCUGCUUGUCGCGGACCGUGAUCCGAUGGAGCUGGACCUGACCGGCGAUUUAACGAAGCUGAAAAAGAAUGUGUUUGUGAUUAAGGAAGGCAUUCAAUACAAAAUCCGUAUCGAUUUCGUUGUCCAGCGUGAGAUCGUGCACGGGCUGAAGUAUGUGCAGAAAACCUACCGGAUGGGUGUCCCAGCCAUCCAUGUCGACAAAAUGGUCCAGAUGGUUGGUUCCUACCCGCCAAAGAAGGAAAUCCAGAGCUACACGACCCCGUUCGAGGAAGCCCCGUCCGGUAUGAUGGCCCGCGGUACCUACUCCGUCACCUCCCUGUUCACCGACGACGACAAGAACGAGCAUCUAAAGUGGGAUUGGAGUUUUGAGAUCAAAAAAGACUGGCAGUAAAAUGCAAAAAAAAAACAACAACACACCACCGUACCAAAUCCAAACAUCCCCCUUUUUUUCCCCUGCUUCCCAUCACCGGAUAAAAUGGCGGAUCAUUCCUGCGGCGGAUCCGUUGUUCGUUCCUUCACACACUCUACACACAGCACACACAAAAAAGCACAGCACACACACACACGGGCAAAACAGAUGUAAGGGACGCGAUUGAUACCAGGCAUAUAUACAUAUAUAAAUAUAUACAUAAAUAGGGCGUAGUUGAAGAUAUCGAGUGCAUUAGAGCGAGAGCUAGGAAGCGCGGGAGGAAACCAUUCGAAAGCAACUAUAAAGCAUGCUUAUCCGUGUGAUGUGAUUGUACUGCUCUACUACUACGCCACUACUAGCACGCAGGCGUCUCUGUGUGUGUGUGUGCCGGUACUGGCAGUUGAUAUGAGAUUUACUUUAAAAAAGAAAAGGACAGGAGUGACACAGAAUGUGCGAUCCACCGGAAGGCUAACUCUCCUUUUGCGUGGUGCGCAUUUAAAACUCGCUCACUAAAUCCCGAAAAUUGUCAUCAAAGGAAAAUGUUUUAUCAAAUGCGCAGUAGUCCGCGCACGAUUGAUAUCUGGAGGGAGUUUACUGUUGAAGAACAGGAGCAGGAACAGUGGUAGUAGCAUGAGACACGAGACUAAAGGAAAGGGGGUUGGAAAACAGGAUCCCCCCGCCCCACAAAGGUCGCUAUUUUCCUUUUUGCCCGCAAUCAGAUCAGACGGUGUUCAGAUAUUCAGUAUUUGCCAUUAUUAAAUCAGCAUUCAGCAUUCGUAGCAGCGCUCUACACUUUGGCGAUGCUUAUUCCAGGGUUUUGUUUUAAAUUACUGUUAAUUUGCGAAUGGAAAACGCACCGCAAUUGCUUACAUUGUUUGCGAAAUGUUGGUACAGUUUUACUCGUUUGGUUUGCACAUAUUAGCCUAGCCCCCGCCGAGUGUAUAUUGAACGCGAGUGUCAAGUUGAUAGCAUUUUAAAUUCGCUUAAAAAGUAUUGUCCCAGAACAGCAGCAGUUAUAGUUUUCUCGAGGGUGAGGAGCUGGAUCGUAAAACUAGCCUAGACGAUUGCUUUGUGACCCAGAGCAAACGCUGUGCGCGUAACAAAACUGCUGACAGUUUUUUCUAGCCACCGCCGGGGGUCUCCCGGACGGACGGAGAAAACGGGGGCUUUAGGUAGCAUCGUAUUCAGUAGCGUAAGCGAUAGCAGCAAUUCUAUACAACAAUUCGUCCCCCCACAACAACGCUCCGUCUUCUCACCUUUCCUUUGUUUGUGGGUGAGGAAAAGCUCAAGCUGAGACCGGUCGAUGACGGUGGUACCGCAUCCUUCAACCCUAUUGCUCCGCGCUUGUUUCCGGGGGGAGGAGAACGCGAAACGCGUCCAGCAAUGCACAUUUGCCUUUGCACGAGUUAAUGUAAAACCUUGGUGCUUUUGGGGCGUCGAAAGAGGAUAACGAACCUGGUUCAACUGAUUUCUCCAUGCGUGUAGGAGUGGGAGUGGGUGGAAGCGGUCGCUGUGUGUUUUGUGUAUUGUACGGUGUAAGAAAGCAAUAAAUUGUGCAUGUGUGUGUGUGCGCGAGAAAGAGAGUACCGUACCGUGGCUGAAGCGAUUUUCACCUGAACAAUAAUAAAAUUCACCAAUGAAAUAGUUGCUCCAAUUGUAA